CUGAAAAUUGGUGUUUUAAAUGAGCCAUUCAACAAAAUGCCCGAGGAUCACGUGUCUCUACCUCCACUUUUACUUAACAACUUUACACUAAAAAAGAAAUAUACUCCUGAAAACUCAUUGAAAAGAGAAGAAAUCGAUAUAUUAUCUGAAUCGUCAAAUAGUAUGAUGGAAGAAUCACUGGAUGAUAUAAUAACUAAGUCGAAAAUCGUUAGUGAUACAAGUAGUUCUAAACUAUCAAAUCAAAGUUUAAGUAAUAUGCCUGAACCAUUAUCAACAUUUCAUAAGAGUAACAAUAAAAUAAAUAUAAAUGUUUCAAAAGUAGCAAUAGAUAGUCAAAAUUUAGUACAAGAUUCAAUUUACAUUAUGUCUUUGGAGUUAGACGACAAUAGCAAAAUAGAAAACCCAAUAGAAAAGCAACGUGUCACCGAGACCAGUGAAGGUGGUGAUGGAUUGAUUUUGACUGAAGAUACUAAUUACAAGUUAAAGUGUGUGGAAAAAGCUGUAGAGGAAUUAAGAGAACAGUUUAAACACGUCGUUAAUAGUUGUAAUUAUAAAAAUGAAGUGAUGACUGCAAUGGCUAUUGAGUUUGAUAAGGUAAAAAAUGAGUUAAACAAAGUAAGCAAUCAAAGUGCGUUAAGAGAUAACGAUAUAAUAAGUGAUAUGAGUACACUAAAAAAAAUGUUAACAGAAAUAACAAAUAAAGUAAAUCAGAUAAUAUUAGAAGGUAAAGGAUUGAAAAAAAUUAUUUCUGAUUCACGUGAAAAUAAAAGACAACUAAAGCUUAUGACGGAGUUAGCGAAUUCGUUAGAAGAGAGACAUUGUUCACAUUUAGAGGAAAAUAAAAGUUACUUCGACGGUCAGUUAAGUGAACGAAAUACUAAAAUAAAUCAACUGACUUCAUAUUUGAACGUUAAAAAAAAAGAAGUUAACGAAUUGCAACAAUAUGUUGUGGAUUUAAAAAAGAAAUAUGAAGAAUCUGUGGUCAAAUUGGAAGAAUUAACGAAAAAUAAGUCGAUGAGGUUGGAAGUUUCAAACCAAAAGAUAAUCACAUCAGCAAAGAAUAUGAGGAAAUAUCUUCAGACAGUUGUUAAAAUCUAUGAAGAUUGUAAAGGGAGUAAUCCAAAACAUGUGAAAGAAAUGAAUGAAAAAUUAUCUGCUCUAGAUAAGGAACUACAAAAUAGUGUUAAGAGUACAACUGUUAAUUGAAUAGUUUAUCUAUUAUUAAAACAUUA